UUCGGUAUAAAUACUUUCACUCCUAUUCUUCCUUCAUUCCUUCCCUUUGUCGUCCUUCUGGCUCUCUCCCAAGAAUCUGGAACGGCAUGGGUGAGUACUGUAACCAAGGGGGUUCGGUGCCGCAGCUGCGGCUGCCGUCUCUGUAUCUUGACGGCGAGGCGGCCGGCGACCGUAGAUUCUUGAAACAUGUCUUCGAUAACGUCCACGGGAACAUCACUCUCGAUCCGUUGAGCUUGAAGUUUAUUGACACCGAACAGUUUCAGAGGCUACGAGAUCUUAAGCAGCUAGGUCUCACAUACUUGGUGUAUCCUGGUGCCGUGCACACACGAUUUGAGCAUUCCUUGGGUGUUUAUUGGCUUGCUGGGGAGUCACUUCGCUUUCUUCAAACUUAUCAUGGAGCGGAGAUUGAUAUUGAUUCCUAUGAUAUCCAGAUAGUUAAACUUGCAGGCCUUCUGCAUGACAUUGGCCAUGGACCUUUCAGUCACUUAUUUGAACAUGAAUUUCUUCCUCAAGUUCUCCCUGGAUCAGAGUGGUCGCAUGAACAAAUGUCAAUAGAGUUGGUGGAUUACAUGGUUGAUGAGCACCACAUUGAAAUUGAUUCUGACCAUCUUAGAAAAGUUAAAGAAAUGAUCGUAGCCAGCUCCAAGUUUGCUGUACCAAGGAGUUCGAAAGAGAAGCAAUUUCUGUAUGACAUUGUUGCUAAUGGUCGCAAUGGAAUUGAUGUUGACAAGUUUGAUUAUAUUGCUCGUGACUGCAGAGCUUGUGGCCUUGGCUGUAAUUUUCAAUUUCAAAGAUUGUUUGAAGGGAUGCGUGUUAUGGGUGAUGAGAUAUGCUAUCCAGCAAAAGAGUACCUCAGUAUUCACAAAUUGUUUUCGGCACGUGCUGAUCUUCACAGGACUGUGUAUACUCACUCCAAAGUAAAGAGCAUCGAACUAAUGGCUGUGGAUGCACUUGUAAAAGCUAAUGGUUACCUGAAAAUAUCUUCAUAUCCCUUUGAUCCUGCUGAAUACUGGAAGUUGGACGACACAAUAUUAAAAACCAUUGAGUUUGCUGACAGCAAAAAACUGAAAGAAUCUAAAGAAAUAAUCCAGCGCAUACGCCGUAGGGAUUUAUAUCAGUUCUGCAAUGAAUAUGCUGUUCCAAAGGAGAAACUAGAGCAUUUCAAGAACAUCACUCCACAAGAUAUUAUAUGUUCUCAGAAAGCUAAUGGAAUAAAUUUGAAGGCAGAAGAUAUUGUUGUGAGCAAUGUCAAAAUUGAUUUGACUCGAGGGAAACACAACCCUCUCGAGAGCAUCAGCUUUUUCAAGGAUUAUUACAGUGAGGAGAAAUUUAACAUCACAGACGAUCGCAUCAGCCACCUUCUGCCUGCCUGCUGUCAAGACAGAAUUGUGAGAGUUUAUGCCAAGAAACCAGAAUUGGUAGAGGCAGUUUCUGAGGCUUUUGAGAAUCUCCAACUGAAAAUGUACGGAGUCAAAACUCAAGUUCAUGAAACACCAGAGAAGAAGAGACGACGGGCAUAGAGUUGUCUUGUGCUCGAACUUUUUUGCAGAGAUAAAAGUUUCCCUUAUUGUUGAAUGAUACAAUCACAGGCACGUCAUAUUACAGCACUACGAAGUUUGAUAGAAAAGGAACGAUGAUCAAAAGGUCACUCAUAUAAUAGUAUUCUUUACAGAAGGAUGCAUGUAAUCACUUUAUAUAACAAUGAUAUUAUCAGAUCUUUUAGUGCAUCUCCCUUUUUUAUCGGUGA